AUGUCUACCGACUGGUCUAUUGCCUUUAAGCCAAUUCUCGACCUUCACUCUAAGGCCAUUUUUGCUGCAGGUUCCUCAUCUGUUGGAAAGCCUGUGGUGAGGAAGAUUCGGAGGGCCAUACUAGCUGCUCAAGACGAGCAAGAGGAACCCAUUGCCUUGCCUACUUCCUUGAAAAAGGCAAUAAAAGAAUACUAUGCCAAAAGUCUCAAAGACAAGGAAGAGGCAGACGAACGUGAGGCAGCGAGUCGCCCAAGAGAACCAUCUUUCUAUAAGAAACCCCUGUCUGAGUGGGACGUAGCACAGAAAUUAUUUAAGCAGGAGAUCGACUCAUAUGACAAGGCCCAACAACAGAGUAAAGGCUUGGAGUAUUCAAUCAAGUACCGCACUGGGAAUGCCAGGGAGUGGUUCAACAACAUGACACCUUCACAACAGCAGGAGGUCAAGUUUGCCAUGAAGAAAUGGAAUGAGGAGGGGGCGCCAGAAGAAACUCAGGCAAUAUAUCGUAAGAAUAACCUCAAGAAAACUCUGGAAGAUUUUGCAGAGCAAAUUCGGCGCACCAUGGGUUGUCGCAUAGUAAUGCUUGUUAGUCAUAAGAAAAAAGCUAGUCAGACAUUGUCCGUCAGUCUACACGAAACUACGCCUCAGAAUGCCAAGAAAAAAUUUUCUGUGAGCUCGAGUGGUAUCAAGGAGUGGGCUGCAAAUGGAUUUGAAUCCUUUGGAGAAUGGUCUAAGACUGAAUUUUACCCUUCAGAGGAUUCAGACCAUGCGGCUUCAGACUGUGAGGAUGGACCUGUCUUACCUGAAAUCAUAGUAGAUGAUGAGGGGUAUGCAAAACUUCCUCUUCGUGAUGGUAUUGGCCUCAAGGGCCAACACGAAUUGAUUAGAAGUAUCUUUCAUACUUCAUACAAAGUCUGCACAGGUGGCUCUAGACCUGUACCUUGGGGCGUGAUAACUGCCAGCCCGUCCAAUUAUUUGGAACCUGGUUCAGUUCCCACAGGAUUUGUGGUCAAAGACCCUUCUCAUAUGAAGACAGAGGAGGUAAAUCGUCUAUGGAUGCAUUGGGAACGACGUUCUGCUACAAAUCAGAAGCUAGUUGUCUUUAUUAAGGCCAAGGAUGCUGAUAUUCGGGUCACUGGGAAGUCCAAGACGAAAGUAGUGAGCACCCUAGACUUAGAUGAAGAAGAUCAAGGCCGGCCGGCUCCAUUUGCCUCUCAUUUCACAGAACGUACAACACAGCCGGCCGCUCAUGAGACAACACCAGAUGAUGUUGCCAUCAAUGACCGAUACACAUUUUUAGAAACCCUUAGCAAGAAUGAAAACUACUUGGAGCUUGUGGACGCCACUAGGGACCUGGCAAUAUUAGCCAAACAGAAUCCAAUUUCAGAGCGACACCAAGAUUUGCCUACCUGGGCUGACUGGUCUUGGAGCGAAAAUUAUCUUUCCGAGGACAUUCACACCUCAUAUGCGACAUUGAUGGCCAGCUUAAACAAGCUACAGACCUGUCCAAUCUCAGGGCCAUCAUCGGCAAUGCCAGUAAUACUAGGAAUUGGGCUCCUCUAUAGGGAGUCUAAGCGUGUGAUAGAGUAUGAGGAAGACGAGGCUGAUCCCAAUACCCCUUUCUACCUACCUCAUUCUGCUAUUGAUCUACAGUUCUUGGUCGCUCUGGAUGAGGCUGUCCGGGAAGUCUUAUUCUCAGUUGUUGGUCAGAUUGAGAGGCUGAACAAAGAGGGACUCAGUGACGAGGUUGAGGAUGAGGAGAUGAGGAUGGUGGUAGAGAAGGAAAGGCAUGAGGUUGAGGAGAAGGAUGUUGAGUCAGAGGAGAAUGUAGUUGGGGGAGAAGAACAGCAGGAGCAGGAGGUUGAAGAGGUGGUGCAGAAAGGAAGGAAGAGAAAAAUUAACCAUGCUUCAUCAAGUAAGUCCAAGAAGCCUAGGACUGAGCCUGUGGUUCGUAGAUCAGGUAGGGUGAGGCAACCCUCUAAGAGAUCCCAGAAGAUAUGAUCUUGUAUCCUCCAUUGUCUUCAUUGCUAGUCAAUCUUGUACAGUAAUUACAUAUGCUUGUCUAGACUCU